CGAGCCCGCGAUAUUUGUGUCCUCCGCAAAAGAAAGAAAAGGCGGGUACUUUAUGUAAAAUUCCUUAAAGUCAUCGUGCACCUGGGAACGGUACGCAUGCGCAUAACGUGAAAGUGGAUAAAAAAUGCGGAGGCCUGGGUCGCCCUCCUUCGCCAGUUCUAGCUCUAACGACAUGGAAAGUACAGGCUUUAUAAUCUCUGCAAGUCUGGUAGAGAUUUUUGGUAGUCUACUGUACGGCUUUCUUGGAUGUGCAUCGACUGUGUCCUUUGAUAGCCCUCGCUCAAUCGAGAGCAUUGCUCUUUCUUAUGGUAUUUUGUACGCAGUUCUUGUUUACAUUUUGGCGCCGUUCAGUGGAGGAUACGUGAACCCCAUCGUCACCAUCGCACUGUUGCUGACCAGAAAAGUGUCUGUUUUAAAGGCUGUAUUCUAUAUAAUAUCUCAGAUAACUGGUGGCAUUGCGGGAGUAGCUCUCUUUAGCACAAUCCUACCCUUCGAAAACGUGAUGGAAGUCAGCCAAUUCAAUGGUAACAUCGGUCCUAUAGCUUGCUUUGUCAUGGAGGUAGUUUUGAGUUUCCUGUUCGUCUGCACUGUGCUUGUCUGCCGUGAAAAUGAUUUAAGCCAUUUCCUGGUGGGCAGUGCAAGUGGUGUGACCCUGAUAGCCUGUCACCUAGCAGAGUUCCAGCUUGUUGGUUGGGGCAUAAACCCGGCAUGUGCUUUGGGGGCAGCCGUUAUGAGCAACAGACCAGUGCAUGUAUGGGUGUAUUUGGUAGGCCCAGUUACUGGCAGCACCCUAGCAGCAGGUUUCCACUAUGCAAGCAAGUACUUCCCUGGGUUUGUACCAGAUGACACAUUCUUGAUCAAAGGAGAGGCAAUUAACCUGCCUGAGGUGAAGCGAUGUGAAAGUGGGAUGGGUCUAGAGUCUGUCAUUGUGGAGAAACCUCAGCCAGUUUCACCAAGAUUUGAUAGGAUGCAAAUUCCAGAUGAGAUGAAAACUAACCUGUAAAUACACCCUUUUUAACAACUUUUGACAUUCACCUGUUGACUACAAUUAGGUAUUAAAACUUAAAGGAGACUAUUAGUUAAGAGCCAUUUUAACAAUGUGAAUCUUUUUUGAUUUGAUAUUUGGCAUUUUGAAAAUUAUUGUUAUAACUAAAAAACGAUCGCUACUGUUAUCUUUGUGCUCAACUCAAUUUACAAGAAAUUACUUUCAUAUUUGAAACUUUCACUUUGUAAAUUAAAAAAAAUACAAUACCUAAAUAAUAAUAAAAAAACAUCAGACCAUG